AUGAGCAAUUUUGAAUGUCAGAAUGCAAUUAAAGAAAUGCGAAACACAAUAGGGAAAUAAGAAAGUUUAUAGAACAUUUAUAAGGAAGUAAAUAGUCCUUCAGAAUAAUCAAAUUAAAGGUUACUUUAUUAAUUUAUUAGCAUAGUUAUUUUUCACCUAGUCAUAGUUAAAUGGUGGUUGUUAAAGAAAAAGUCUUGAUAAGUAAAAAUACUGAUUUAUUUACUACUUAACCAAUAGGGUAAUAUUUAAAUGAUUGUAGAAUGACUCAUGUAUGGAAAAGUAAUGGUUUAAUAAUUAUUACAAUGAUUAUACGAUUUUUGUAUACGUUGAAAUUGUAGACAGAAUCAAUGAAAUAUAAAUUAUUAAACAAGAGAAUAUAUGCUAUUAUUUAGGAUUUGUCUUCAGAUUACUUAAACAUUGUCCGUUAUCGUAAUAAUAAGUAUUAAAUAAAAGGAAGGUCAGAAUUAAGAGUUCAUUAUUCUCUCUUUAAAAAAUAAUUUAAAGCUUUACUGGAUUAUUAUGGGAAAUUCAUUCCAAUUUUUUAACCUGAUCAAAAAUUUAUAAUAUAUUUUGAACUUCUCUUAAUUUUAACAAUAACAAUAAACCUAUUUUAUGUACCAAUUAACAUAAGCUUUUUGAAUUAAGAUAUAUCAAUAGCAUUUGAAACAAUACCUACAAUAUUGUAAUUGAUUUGGAUAUUUAUAUCAUUUAAUCUUUCUUUUUAUGAGGAUUAAACAUUAAAGAAGAACAGAAUAAAGAUAGCAAGUAAUUAUUUAAAGAAUCAAUUUACUUUUGAUUUGAUAAUAGUAUGUACUCUUUACUUUUAAAUAUUAUAUGGUUAUUUUAUUCCAUUGAUAUCUUUUGUAUUAAGAAUUCCUUAAUUGAUAAGAUUAUUAGAUUAAUUUGAAUAUAAUACUAAUUUUAAAGAAAACUUAGCAGCGAUAUUUGAUUUGAUGAAAUUGAUAGUAAUGCUUAUUUUUAUCAUACAUUUUUGUGCAUGUAGUUGGCAUAUUUUGGGAGUAUAUGAGAAAGAAUAUUCUGUAAUAGGAAGGAAUUGGUUAGAUUAUUAUAAUAUUAGUCAUUUGAGUUGGAGUGAAUAGUAAAAUUUUAAAAUUUAAUUAGAGAUACAUUGCAUCUUUAUAUUUUAGUGUAAUAACAACUUUGACUGUUGGAUAUGGAGACAUCACUCCAUAAUCAGCUUAUGAAUAAAUAUUUGUUAUUUUAGUAGCUAUGAGUUUAUGUGGAAUGUUGGGAUAUACUAUAACUAAUAUAGGAGAAAUUUAUAGAUCAAUGAAUGAAAAGAAGCGUUAAUAUAAAACUUAAAUGAAGGCUAUUGAAUAAAUUAUUAGAUAAAGAAACUUAAAUGAUAAACUAUCAAUUAAAGUAAGAAAAUAUUAUUAGCAUCUGUUUUAAUAAGAAUAGUAAGAAAAUUCUUUAGGGGAAUAAUUACUUAAUAAAUUAACUAAAAAUUUAGAAGAAGAAGUUAUGAUAGAUUCUUAUAAAACUAUUCUUAUGAAUUCUUAUUUAUUAAAAUAAUUUAAAGAUUCAACUAUUGAAUAAUUAUGUACAAAGGUUAAAGUCUAAAAAUUAUAACCAGGUGUUGAAGUUGUUAAAGCAUAACAAUUUGCUGAUCAAUUAAUAUUUUUAUUAAAUGGAGAAUUAACAUUAUUAGGACAUAAUUCAAGAUAACCUAUAAUUCUUAAGUAACUUACUUAAGGUACAGUUAUUGGUGAAUAAGAAUUUACUGAACAAGGUUUUUAUGAUUACAUUAUACUCAGUUAAGGAUAUAGUAAGAUAGCUACCAUUUCUAGAAUUGCAUUCUAUGAAAUUUUAUAAUAUGAUAGAUAGGAAUUUGAAAAGAUGUGUAAAAUUAGAGAUUAAUAUAAAUUUAGUGUCAAGAAAAAAAAUGUUAUCGGAAGAACUUGUGAAAUUUGUGGAUGGACACAUGGCUAUAUGUAAUGCCCUAUGACAUUUUAUUAAGUUGAUAAAAUUAAACUAUUAACUAAAUACAGAUAAAAUACAUAAUAAGAAAGAAAAUAUUUUAAUGAUUUCAGAAGAAGACAUAAAUAAAAUACUUUAUCUUCUUUAUAAAGUACAUAAAAUGCUUGUGUAGAUUUCAUGAUCAGCUAAAAAAUACUUGAUGAAAUGUAUCAAAUUUAUUAAGCUUUUCUUUAGACCAAAUUAAGAUUAAAAUGAUGAUAGUAAUCACAAGUUGAAAUUGAAUAUUCAUGAUGCCGAUUCCUAAAAUUUAGAUUCUAGUAAAUCUCUUUAAGAUGAUAAUAAAGCAAACACUCAUAAUAUCUCUAAAUCACCCAACAAAAAUACUUCUAAAUUUCAAUUCUUUACUAAAUAAAUUGAUUCAUAACGUGAUUCGCUUUAAAACACUUUAUUUCAAAGAAAAAAUAUCAAAAAGCAUUCCCUUAUUGUUGAUAAUUCCAGUAAUACAAAAAAAGAAGAUGAUUUAAAGAGUUACAUUGAAGAAUUGAUUUAAAAACUUAGCAUAAAUUAAAAAGAAAAAUCAAUAAUUUCAACUCAUCCGAAAAUAGCAACUUAUAAUCCCGAUUUAGAGUUUGAGGUAAUGUAAUCAUAUAAAUAUUAUUUUCCUCAAUUUAAUAUUGAUAACAUUAUUGAUAGAGUGAAUGUUACUUAUGAAAAAUUUAUGUAAUAAAACAAGAAAAAUCCAAUAAGAAUUUUUGUGAAUCGAAGAAAAUUAAAAAGGAGAAUAAUUAUAAAAGAAUGA